GAAACCAAAGACACACUAAACAUUGAUUAUACAUGCACGUGUAAAACACAUGUUGCCGUUUCUUUGAACGCAGUCCUCAAAAUCCUCGAACUUAGAUCCUCGUCGUAUAUUUCCAUGUUUUUAGUUUGUGUCUUUUUUUAACCAAUAUUUGUAGUUUUUUUUCUUUUCUUUGAGUCUAUAAUCUUUAAUUUUGCCACUUUCUUUGAAAUCAUCGUCAUUUUCAUUUGACUCGUUAACGCAAAUUUUUUUUAGCCCAAUUCAAUCUCUCUCUGAAAAAAUUCUCCAUUUUUAUGGCAUUUCCAUAACCCCUUCAGCUCAAAAAACGGAUCUUUCCUCCACCCAUUUGGCUGUUUUUGUUGUUAAAGAAGAGAUUUUGUUGGGAAAAAUGAAUGGAAAUGAAAAUGAAGUUGUUUUUGAAAUUGGGGUGGUGAUUCCAAGGAGAAUUAUACAAGAAAAAGACGAAUCUUGUGAUUGUGCUUAUGUUCUUAUUGAGGAAUUUAAGAAGGUUGGGUUUGUAGUUGAAAGAAUUAUUGGCAUUGCAGAUGAGUUCAUUAAGUUGGCUGCACCUUUGGAGACAUUAGGAAGAGCUGCAGCUGAACUACAAAUAAAGAAACGGACUCAUAUAGGUAUGGAUUUACAAUUUGAGGUGGAAGAGGUUGAAGCUUUCGUGAAACAACCUGAUGGUUCUAUUUUCAGUUGGUGCGAGCGUUUUCAUUGCUACUGUCAUUUGAUAUAUGGAAUAGUAAACAACAGCAAAUCAGCGAUAAUCCUUAAAUUUGACGGAAAAGAAAUCUAUUGGGAAACCGGGGAGAAUCUGAUUCAGAAAUUGGAAUCAGAGAACAUUAUCAAGCAAGUCUUUCCUUUACAUGAUGAAAAGACUAGAAAGAAACUUCUCAGAACUUGGGCUCUUCAUUGGUGGGACUUCACGAGUCAGCCAAUCGACGAGAUUUAUUCAUAUUAUGGGGCAAAGAUUGCAGUAUAUUUUGCUUUUCUUGGAAUGUACACGCGAUGGCUGUUCUUCCUCGCUGCAUUUGGUCUUACAUUGCAAUUGAUUGAGUUUAGGUCAAUGAAAUUAGUAGUGCUUCCUGUUUUCUUUGUAGUGGUGAUACUUUGGGCUGUAAUGUUUUGUCAAUUCUGGAAACGUAAAAAUUCAGCACUUCUAGCCAGAUGGCCUCUUAGCUCUGCAGUUGCAGCUGAUCCAGGAUACAAGAUUCCAGGGAGGAAGGGAAGUUCCCUACAGCCACCAAUGGAACUCCUUAAAGUAUUUGAGACUGAUAGAGCAAAAGGGAAGGAAGUAUUUCAGAGAUAUGAGUGGUUAGGGCGUUUUAUGCGAUUCAGAAACGACGCUAUCAUUAUCUUCAGCAUAAUAUGUCUCCAGUUACCUUUUGAGUUGGCAUACGCACAUCUUUAUGAAGUUAUUGGUUCCGAUGUAUAUAAGUUUGGGCUCACUGCUGUUUAUCUUUUCGCCAUUCAGUAUAUUACUAAGAUUGGAGGUCAGGUAUCUGUCAAACUUAUCAAAAAUGAAAACAACGAAAACACAGAAAAGCGGUCUGACAGCUUGGUCUACAAGGUGUUUGGUCUGUAUUUUAUGCAGACAUACAUUGGAAUUUUUUAUCAUGCCUUGUUGCACCGUAACUUCUCAACUCUUCGCAAAGUUUUGAUUCAGCGGCUCCUUCUGUCGGAGGUUUUGGAAAACUUGGUGGAAAAUUCAUUGCCUUAUCUCAAGUACAGCUAUAAAAAGUACAGCGUUCGACAUAAGAAGAAGAGAGAAAAAGGAGAAUCAACAGAUAAGAUUCAAUUUAGCUCUAGAGUAGAGAAAGAGUACCUAAAGCCUUCUUACUCUGCCAGCAUCGGCGACGAGCUUGAAGAUGGGUUAUUUGAUGAUUUCUUAGAGUUGGCAUUGCAGUUUGGCAUGAUUUUGAUGUUUGCUUGCGCAUUCCCACCUGCAUUUGCUUUUGCUGCUGUGAACAACAUUAUGGAAAUCAGGACAGAUGCCCUAAAGCUGAUAGUAAUUUUGAGACGGCCUGUCCCUCGUGCCGCUGCGACUGUAGGAGCCUGGCUUAACAUAUUUCAGUUUCUCACGGUGAUGUCAAUUUGCACCAACUGUGCUCUUUUAGCUUGGCUAUAUGACGAGGAAGGGAAAUGGAAAGUAGAACCUGGACUUGCAGCAAUUUUGAUCAUGGAACAUGUCCUUUUGUUGAUUAAGUUCGGUUUCUCUCGCUUGGUUCCUGAUGAACCUGCUUGGGUAAGAGCGAACCGUGCGAAACACACUACACAGGCACAGGAUUUGUGUUCUAAGAAACUUUUAAGGACAAUCUCUGGAGGAAAAAGGAACUUUGGAGAGAUGAAGACGAAGACGACGUAGUUAUAGUGAUGUUUUCAGUUAUUUGAGUCUCACUUUUUUGACACUCCAGCAAAAGAGAAAGAAAGGUCAAGCUGGAUUUUUGUUUUCUCCAUUUUCUAUGGCUUAAAUGUAUAUUAACAAAGGGGUUUUGCAGUAAUUGUAAAUAUAAAAAUUACUAAUUAAUGACAGUUCUUCAAAAUGUCAAUGAAACAAGGUUUGUGUCUA